AUGCCAGACUACGACGACGACAUACUCCCCGAGCCUGCGACCGGCUCUCAGCAGGAUCGAACUUGGGGCGGCAACCGGGCUUUUCACAACUUCUUUAACGACUUCUCUCAUAUUCCUGACCCAAAUCUUCGCCGCCGUCUUGCCUUGUCUGAGAUCGACAAGGUUCCUUUUGGCGCAUACCAUAUCCGUGCUGUUUUAGUAGCAGGUGUUGGUUUCUUCCUAGACUCUUACGAUAUCUUUGCCAUCAAUCUUAUUACAGUACUCCUUGGAGUUGUUUUCUGGGGAGAUCCGAACCCUCAAAACGGUUUCAGCGGUAACGAUGGCUACCUUCCUGACCGAGUCAACCAAGCCUUUAAAGCCUCCACCAGUGCUGGAAUUGUAGUAGGCAUGAUUGUCUUUGGAUGGCUGGCAGAUGGUUUUGGUCGACGACGUAUGUACGGUGUGGAACUGGCUAUCAUUAUCAUGGCUACCCUUUGCUGUGCCCUUAUCUCCUCGAGCCCUGCUAUGGGAUCGACUGGGCUCCUGAUCUUUUGGCGCAUCAUUAUGGGCAUUGGAAUCGGUGGCGAUUAUCCGCUAUCCAGUGUUAUUACCUCUGAGUUCGCACCGACAAGGUGGCGCGGCGCUAUGGUUGCUGCUGUCUUUUCUAUGCAAGGCCUUGGACAAGUUGCGGCUGCUAUCGUUGCUCUAAUCACUACUGUUGCCUUCAAGGACGCUUUUGUUGGUGCUCUUGACGAAAGUCAAUGCGGUUUCGAGUGUCGAUUGGCUGCCGACCGAGCAUGGAGAAUCAUUGUUGGAGUAGGCGCGAUCCCUGCCUGUGCGGCUCUUUACUACCGCAUUACUAUUCCCGAAACCCCUCGAUACACAUUCGAUGUUGAACACGACGUUGAGAAAGCCGAUGCCGAUAUCAAAGCAUACGUAGCAAGCAAGUCCAAGGGGUCUUUUGAUGUUGUUCAUCAGGUCAGAUCCAAGCGUCAAUCUGGACGUGGUCUUAACGUACCUCGUGCGUCUUGGUCUGACCUUCUUGCCUUCUUCCGCCAAUGGGCCAAUUUCAAGAUGCUUCUUGGCACAACGCUCUCUUGGUUCUUCUUGGACCUCGCGUUCUACGGUCUCGGACUUAAUAAUACCUUUGUCCUCCAUGCAGUUGGCUAUGGUUCGGGCAACAACCUUUUCGACAAACUUCACAACCAAGCGGUGGGAAUGAUCAUCUUGACUUGUGCCGGCUCACUCCCUGGCUACUGGAUGGCGAUUCUCACCGUUGACACAUUCGGCCGCAAGCCAUUGCAAGUAGUUGGCUUCCUUUUGCUCACCAUUCUCUUCUGCAUUCUUGGUUUUGCGUACAACAACCUGAGCCAAGGAGGCUUGCUCGCACUAUACAUUAUUGGCCAGUUCCUCUUCAACGCUGGCCCGAACACGACUACGUUUAUCGUUCCUGGCGAAUGUUUCCCGACCCGAUAUCGCUCCACUGGACAUGGAAUUAGCGCUGCUAUGGGCAAGAUCGGUGCCAUCGUCGCUCAAGUUAUCAGCAUCCCUAUGGUGCGUCAAGGAGCCGCGGAGGACUGCAAGGAUACCGAGUGCACACCGAAUCUCGACCGUUUGCUUCAACUCUUUGCCCUUUUCAUGUUAUUCGGCACUUUCACCUCGCUGUUGAUCCCUGAGACCAAGGGCAUGACUUUGGAGGAGCUUUCUGGCGAGCCUCGAACGAGCUAUAACUCAGGAUGUAAUGGCAGUAUAAGUCUUGGAUCGCCCAAACUCAGGGCAUGGAACCCGUUCCAUGGUGGUCAGCCUGCAGGAUUUUCGUAUCCCAGGUCUAGAAUGGGCCAGUUCCGAAAGAGCGACCGCGUUGGCAUCAUGACAUCACCCGAGCUCAUGGCGGAAACAUCUCGACUGCGGAAGCCUCGUCUCUGGAGAAGACAUCGCAAGGCCAAGUCGAGCAGUGGUACAGAUAUUGCCCUCAGUACUCGAAGCUCGGGUACGGUAGAGGACGACAUAUUCCCAGCAGGGGCACCCGCGCCUGCUACAGCAAGUAGCCCUCCUCCGCCUCCACCACCAAGCUGGGGAGCUGGAUGGGGGCGAAUAGAUCGAGGAGGGCCACCUCCACUGUUGAACUCGGUUCAGCUGCAGGAUGUCGGCAGUCUUCUAAAAUGA